ACGUGUGGUCUGGUGGUGAACAGGGGGUGCCUAAACUUUUAAACAACAGAGAGGACUACACUCACGAGCGGACCAAUCACAACACGUAUGGGUCAUUUAAUCCACCAAGCCCCGCCCACUGUCCCCACCCCCAUCCAGCAAUACGGCGUGGCAGUGCAAGUGGCUCAUGUGCACUCAGGUAGAUCAUGAGAGGACACACACACACACACACACACACACACACACACACACACACACACACACACACUGUUCCUCCCUGUAUAUUACAGGCUGACCAUCACCUCCACUAACCAGGUACACACACACACACACACACACACACACACACCCCAUUCUGCACAAAACUAGCCAGUCAUGAAAAAAUGUUCAUUUCUCAACUUCAGGAUCGAGAAAGAGGACAUAAAUAACCAACAAAGCUGAAGUGUGUGUAUCAGCAGAGCAGCAGUGUGUGUGGACAGACAGAAUGUCAGCGGCUAUAACAGACAGGUUGAGCUUCACUGUGGGAGACUACGCCGUGUUCGGUGCCAUGUUGGCCGUCUCCAUGUUUAUCGGCGUAUUCCAGUCUCUGCGCUCACGUGGGCGGAGCUUCUCAGAAUCAGACACGUUGGAGAAUUUCUUCAUGGGUGGGCGGAGCCUGGGGAUGGUACCAGUGGGUGUGUCUCUGUGUGCAAGCUUCAUGUCGGCUGUGCAGGUGCUGGGGGUUCCGUCUGAGUCCUACCUGUACGGCUUCAAGUUCCUCUACAUGUGUUUGGGGCAGGGCAUCAACUCCUUCCUGACGGCCACACUGUUCCUCCCUGUGUUCUACAGACUGACCAUCACCUCCACUAACCAGGUACACACACACACACACACACACACACACGCACACACACACACACACACACACACACACACACACACACACACACACGCACACACACUGUUCCUCCCUGUGUUCUACAGACUGACCAUCACCUCCACUAACCAGGUACACACACACACACACACACACACACACACGCACACACACACACACACACACACACACACACACACACACACACACGCACACACACUGUUCCUCCCUGUGUUCUACAGACUGACCAUCACCUCCACUAACCAGGUACACACACACACACACACACACACACUGUUCCUCCCUGUGUUCUACAGACUGACCAUCACCUCCACUAACCAGUAUCUGAGGAUGAGGUUCGGCAGAGGAAUGCAGCUGCUUGGGAGUCUGCAGUUUCUCAUAGCCACACUCCUCUACACUGGCAUUGUUAUCCUCGCUCCUGCACUCAUCCUAAAUCAGGCAACAGGGCUGAACAUGUGGGCGUGUCUGAUCUCCACCGGACUCAUCUGUACGUUCUACACAAGUCUGGGAGGAAUGAAGGCCGUCGUGUGGACAGAUGUGUUUCAGGUCGUCGUGAUGCUUUUGGGUUUCAUCGUUACCUUCGUCCACGGCACCGUCCUGGCAGGAGGACCAGCUAAAGUCCUAGAGAUCGCCUACAACGGAUCACGCAUCAACUUUAACGAUUUUGGGUUGGAUCCUCAGAGGCGUUACUCGUUCUGGAGUUUUACGGUCGGAGGGACGAUGGUGUGGUUAUCCAUGUAUGCAGCGAAUCAGGCUCAGGUGCAGCGCUACAUCUCCUGCAGGACGGAGAGACAAGCGAAGUGGGCUUUGUUGAUUAAUCAGGUGGGUUUGUGUCUGAUUGUGAGCAGCGCAGCUACAUGUGGUAUUGUGAUGUUCGCUCUUUAUUCACACUGCGAUCCUCUCAAAUCCGGCCGAAUCUCUGCAUCGGAUCAGUACAUGCCGUAUUUGGUACUGGAUAUAUUUCGGGAACACCCUGGCUUUCCUGGACUUUUCCUCGCGUGUGCAUACGGUGGAACGUUAAGUACGGUCUCGACCAGCAUUAACGCCAUGGCUGCGGUUACGAUGGAGGAUCUGCUGAAGCCGUUUCUGAUCAACUCGUUACAGAGGAAACAGAUGCAGCUCUGCAAAUUACUGUCGUUUCUGUAUGGAGUCGGCUGUAUCACGACGGCGGCUCUCUGCUCUCUCCUGGAUUGGGGAGUUCUUCAGGGCUCGUUUACAGUCAUGGGCGUGGUUAACGGGCCGCUCCUGGGCACUUUUAUCCUGGGUAUGUUCAUCCCAGCUGCAAAUAAACCGGGUGCGUUUGCUGGCGUUGCGGUGGGGUUCUCUCUCGCUCUGUGGCUCGCUGUUGGAAGCUCUGUGUAUCCUCCAACCCCACAGAGAAUGGGUGUGUUACACACCAGCGCAGACUACUGCCCUUCAGCUAACACUACACACAACUCCACCAUGCUAACAACACCAUCACCUACACUAUCACCUCCAGGACCUGCAGAGCACUGGUGAGUAAAACACGUAAAGAUGGAGGUAAUAGUCCAGCGGAAGGACUGAGGAGCUACGAGGAUGUUGGGGUGAGGCGACAUGCGUGAAUUUAGAUUUUGUGCUAAACUGCUUAAGGUCAACAUUUCUAACAUCUUGAUGUUGAUGAGAAAUUUACUGGCCAAUUAUUCCACAAACUCACAGUAACA